CCAUCGAUAGCGUUUGCGAACUUGAAUUGUUUUGAUUCGGCCUCGCAGCAUUUCAGUCAUUUUCGUGCUAUUUAUGAGGCUCCUAAACGAUGCUGCCCAAUGCGAAUGACAAAACGGAACGCUAUGCCAAGCUAUCCUUCCUCGGCGAGGGUCAGUUUGCCACAGUUUACAAGGCGCGCGACACGGUGACCAACCAAAUUGUGGCCGUAAAGAAGAUCAAGAAGGGAUCGCGCGAGGAUGCACGCGACGGUAUCAACAGGACAGCGCUGCGUGAGAUCAAGAUAUUGCAGGAGCUGCAGCACGAGAAUAUCAUUGGCUUGGUGGACGUUUUCGGUCAACUUUCGAAUGUCUCGCUGGUUUUCGACUUCAUGGACACGGAUCUGGAGGUGAUCAUCAAGGAUAACAAGAUUAUAUUAACGCAGGCGAACAUCAAGGCCUAUGCCAUCAUGACGCUAAAGGGUCUGGAGUAUUUGCAUCUCAAUUGGAUACUGCACCGCGAUUUGAAGCCCAACAAUUUGCUGGUCAACAGCGAUGGCAUCCUAAAGAUUGGCGAUUUCGGUUUGGCCAAGUCCUUCGGUUCGCCCAAUCGCAUUUACACGCACCACGUGGUCACACGCUGGUAUCGUUCGCCCGAAUUGCUCUUUGGCGCCCGACAAUAUGGCACCGGUGUGGAUAUGUGGGCAGUUGGCUGCAUUUUGGCUGAACUUAUGCUGCGAGUGCCGUUCAUGCCGGGCGAUUCGGAUCUGGAUCAGCUGACACGGAUCUUUUCCACACUGGGAACACCCACGGAAGCUGAAUGGCCGCAUUUGAGCAAACUGCACGACUAUCUGCAGUUUCGCAACUUUCCGGGCACACCAUUGGACAAUAUAUUCACCGCCGCGGGCAAUGACUUGAUCCAUCUGAUGCAACGCCUGUUUGCCAUGAAUCCGCUGCGGCGUGUGUCCUGCCGCGAGGCACUGAGCAUGCCGUAUUUCGCUAACAAACCGGCGCCCACAGUGGGUCCCAAGUUGCCAAUGCCGUCGGCCAUUCUGGCCGCCAAGGAGGGCGCCAAUCCGCAGACCGGCGACACGAAGCCUGCGCUCAAGCGCAAGCUGGUCGAGACUACGGUGAGGGGCAAUGGAUUGGCCCAGAAGAAGCGGCUGCAGUUCUAGCACACACACACACACACACACACACACACACACCCACACACACUCACUCAGUUAACACACACUUUCCAUUAUAACAUUGAUGUUUGUGAUCGCGUUACGUUGUUCACCGCAGACAUGCACAAUAAGUUCUAUUGAAAGGCUUAAGGAUGCAUUGCAUCCACUCCAAAAGCUCCACUCCAUUCUAAUUGAUAUGAAUUUUUCUCGCUUGGCAAAACCUUUUCGCCACCCAACAUGAGUUGUUAAGACUAUGCUUAAGAUGAUUGAGGAUGAUCUAUUAAAGAUGUGAUUGAAAGCGAG